AUGAAUGGCCAGGUUGUGCUUGUCGGUCAAAGCUUAGAGGCAGCUCUGCGAGCCUUGUCCUCAGAUCCAGAUUAUAUUGAUGGUCUGAAAGUCUGGGCCGAUGCAAUCUGCAUCAACCAGAGGGACCUGGCCGAGCGCAAUCGUCAAGUGAAGCGCAUGCGUCAAAUCUAUGGAAGAGCGCUCAUUGUCUCCAUCUGGCUAGGCGACAUACCCAACGACUCUAUUUCCGACAUGGCUCAGCUCCACGAACUGAUAGUCAAGUCACAAGACAAAGCUGCAGCAUCUGAGGUGUUGGAAGUAGCAAUGACGGACCCAGAGAAGAAAGAAACCAUACGCAGGGCCAUCGAUGUAGUUGUCAAGAAGACAUACUGGUCUCGGAUUUGGGUAAUUCAGGAGAAAUGCCUGGGUCCCUUCAACCCUUCUAUUCUUUUCGGGACGUUCCGCAUGGGCUUGGUGCCGUUUCAUAACUUUCUCCAAGGUGUCACGAACAUCCAUGGCGCUGUAAGGGCUCGUGAGAAAGUGUGGCGAAUCUUGAAGUUGGUGGAGUUAGUAAAUGCGUCUCAAGAGCGUGUUCGCCGCGGUCGAGCUCAGACCAAUGAAGAGCGUAGGCAAGAUCAAGACGACCUUGGACUGCUCUUGAUGAUUGGGAGGAUGGCAGGCUCACUCGACUUGAGAGAUCGUCUGUACGGAUUAAUGGGGAUGAUACCGGAAUAUGUGGCCAAAUUGAUCGAGCCGGACUAUACGAAGAAGGUAGAAGAUGUGUUCUCGGAUUUUGCCAGCGCGCUUAUCACUGGCUUCGAAUCUUUCGACAUAGUGCUGACUGGGACGACGGAAUCUACUCUGAAGCUUCCUUCCUGGGUGCCAGAUUUGACAUCUCCAUGGGAUCCUUAUCUCUGGGGAACAGACUGUAAUGCCAGUUGGGGACAGAAAGCCAAGUUCAGGGUGGAAAAUGACGGGAAGUUUCUCACCACUAGCGGCUAUCUCGUUGAUGUGGUCGAAGGCUUGGCUCCUUUCUUGGGUUGGAAACACGGUGGUCUCGGUGUCUGGCAAGAUGCCGUUCAGCCAGCAUCUGUUAAGAUGCCGAACGAUCCCAAGGCGGCAAUCGUACGGACCCUUCAUCGAGCUGCAACCUACAAUUGCGAUUCAGGAACAACGAUUCUCGAUAUUCCUUGGCUUGAGAGCCUGAGCCCCGACGACCCAGACAUCCUGGCGCUGGAAAAGCGUGGAUGGGGCAAAGUUCUCAAACACGCCAAUCUCAACGACUUGACACAGUUUCGCAAGCAGGUCAAUGACAAUUUCCAACCUUGGGGUCGGCGAUUCAAGUCCUUCUUCCCACGGGUGCAAGAUGUUGGAGAUUGCGUGGACCCUAAGCCUUUCUUGGAAUCACUUGACAAGCAUAUUGGAAUCGUAUAUCCGGUCUUCACCACAGUAAAGGGGCUUUUUGGCACCGCAAUUCUUCAGCAAAUUCGGAAGGGAGACUCGAUAUUUAUUAUACCGGGCUGCUCAGCGCCCAUUGUCAUGCGACAGAACAAUGGCCAAUGGCAAGUCAUUUCACAGUGCUUUGUGGAUGGCCUCAUGUGUGGGGAGAUGAAGACGGCAGUGGGUGUCAAUGGCUGCGAACUGACAGAAAUCCGAAUAAGCUAG